CCAGGAACGCUGUCCUAGUGUUAGUUCAGAUUUGCCGAUGGGAGUCUUCAGGAGAACACGUGGAUGUAUUCGUCUUUUGCGAUCUGCUGCCGUCAGGAUGCUCGCCUGUGCGGGGAAACUCCGUGAAAGAUUGAUUUGCAGUCCGUAGGCCAUGGUAUUUAGGUGCGCCGUAUGUUCGAGACAUCCUCAGGCCACAAUCUCUCGUGCUAUCCUCGCUAGUAGUAUUAUCCUCGCGCAAGCUUUUACACCGGCAAUGUCUCAAGCCGCGUCUGCUGAGUCUUCAUACACCCCGGCCAUAAUUCAGGUCAUUCAGUCAAUUCUCGUGGCCAACUACUCAAACGUCGCAAUGCUAGCUUUGGUUAUAUACGAACAUAUCAUCACCCUAGACAUGGAAUUCACAUACAUAUGGCGCAAGGGCACCGGCCGUGGAGUUAGAUUGUUAUACUCCAUCAACCGAUAUGCAGUGCUGGCGUACGCAAUUAUCGGAUACUGGUCGUCGCUAGUCCCGAAGGUGAACUGUGGCGCUGUCACACGACUGACUGAAGUGCUAAUUUUGCUGCUUUGGACGGUGUUCGGGGUCUUCUCUGCGCUGAGGAUAUAUGGCUUAUGGGAGAAAAACCGGUAUCUCUUCGCUCUGAUUUUAAGUCUGAACCUUGUGCAGGUUGUCAUCAAUAUCUAUUAUUUCAGCCGUCUGGUGCCGUUUGCAUCGGGCUUUUGGUUUGCACCGUGCCUAGUGAAUGACGAGGCAUUGACACCAGCGUUAGAAGCGAGGUUCAUACGUGCAAGUCGGGCAAGCGUCAUAGCAGCCGACGGUCUCACGCUGUUUCUCACGUGGUACAAGACCAAGGACCAGUACAAGGAGAUGAAGAAGCUGAGCGGCCUGAAUUUCCCAACAUCAAUGGGCGGUGUGCUCAUUCGCAGCGGUAGUAUUUGCUUCCUAAUACUGUUCGUCAUGAACAUCGCCCAGGUUAUCACAUUCGAGAUAUUGGAUAAUCAAUUUCUUACCCCAUUCAUCACAGUCCUUGCACCGACACUUGCCAACCGCCUCCUCAUAAGCCUUCAAGAGCUUCGCGGCAGCGGAUACCCUGCUAAUAUCUCUCAAUUCGCCACCGACAUAAGCAUGGUUUUCAAUCAGUUCCCGUCGCUGCCACAAAUGUCCCAAGUUGAUUAUGAGGUCCCUGUGCCGAUGCUUUCGCAGAGAGUUACAGGCUCCAUGUCGCAGUCGAGGAUGCUGAGACUUGGAGAUCCUGACACAACUAAUCUGCUGGCCGACUCGCCGACUACAAGCCACGGAGAGACUAGCAUCAGCUCUUCUCCUGAGGAUCACGUGAGACAUAUUCAGGAAAUGCCUUUGCAUUGCGCCGUCUGAAACCCCCAAAAGACAAGCCGUAUGGGCCAAGAAUCCUUGCUGGUACAAACUGGGUCGACAAAAUAUCUUAAUAUUCGAUGUUCAAGUGUAGCUCUAUCUAUGUAUGGCAUAAGCCCAUAUUGCCGUACCGCAGUAUUCCAACCGUUUUGAAGUUGGUGUCUUAUAA